UGUAAAAAGCCUUGGAGAACUUCUCUAAAUAUGAUAAACAAGGAGGGCAAAUGUGCAAAUUUGGUCCUUUUUAUAGCAUGGCAGAGAAGUGGACUAGUCUCUUCCUGUGUUGUUUGAAAAUCUCUUUUUGAGAGAGAGAAAGAGAGAGAGGGAGAGAGAGACGAGAAAUGGCUUUUCCUUGUCUUGUUGGUCCUCAGUAACCCCCAAAAAGCCUUUUUAAAAUCUACCAGCGCAAUUUGUGUCAGUAGAGCUUGGCCGUUUCAAAACCAAAACACACAAAAAUCAAAGCAAACACUUUCUUCUUGUAACUUCCCCAGAUUUCCUCUCGGUCUAUAACUUCCAAACUUGCUUCCAUCAGUUUCAUUUUUUUCUGGGAGUUCAAUUCAACCAAAGAAUUGGGCUCCAAUGUCUUCCUCUGAUCUCUACGUUCUUGAUGACUCCUUCUUCCGCCAUUCUUCAAGCUCAGAAAUGGCUUCUUAUGAACCAGACCAGUUCUUCUCCGAGCCAUUCUCUCCCUUCUCAGACAUUGACAUCCUCCAAGCAAUCUCAGAUCACCAAAGCAACCAAAACCCAGUUGAAAACCAGUCUCAUCAUAAUAAUUCACUCGACCAAAGCUCUCCUACAAUCCUCUCUUCUUCUCCCCCAAGUUACCAAUUGGAAAGCUUGAGCCUUUGCCAAGCAACCCAUCUGAACCCUCUGGAUCAAAACUGCACAAAUUUGGCAAAUGGGUUGCCAAAUUUCUCUGCUUUCGAUGCUCUGGAAGUCAAAACUGAGCAAUGCCAUUUAGCUUUUGACCAAAACGCUUAUAAUAAUAGCCAAGUUUUUGGUCCUCAUAGCUACAGUGGUGCAGAGAAUGUGGCAAAGUUUAUGCAGAGGAGUUUUAGCAGCAACUCCUUCGAUGGCAAGCCUGGUGUUGUCUUCCAACCUUGCUUUGAUUCUCUCAUGGAAUCUUCAACUUUUCAAAACCAAGCCUUGAGCUCUCCUGAAAACAGCUUUUUAGCUGGCCAAAUGAGAAGGGUUUCCAGCACUGGAGAUUUGCAAAAUUUUAGAACGGCUCGCAAUCCGAGAGAGAGCUCAGUGAUGGAGGAAGCUGCCGCAAACUUCAAAAUGGGCAGGUACAGCGCAGAAGAGAGGAAAGAGAGAAUUUCAAAGUACAGAGCCAAGAGGUCGCAGAGAAACUUCAACAAGACCAUUAAGUAUGCAUGUCGAAAAACACUAGCGGAUAACCGACCCCGCAUACGUGGCAGAUUUGCACGCAACGACGAAACUGGUGAGGUUCUCAAGGCUGCAUGUUCAAGUAACAGAGAAGAAGACGGAGAUGAACUCUGGGUCGAAGGGUUCAAUGUGGAAGAAGAAGAGAAUGGAACAGUGAGAGGAGGAGGAGGAGGACAGUUCAUGAACAAUUUUGGAGCAACUCAGUUUCAGUACUAUGGGUUUUGAGCUUUGAUAGAUGAGCAAAACAACAAAGGCUUCUUUUUCUUUCAGGAGGAGCUUUCUUAGAAUAUUUAGGUUUGGACCACAACAUGACUAAAAAGCCUUUCUGGGUAAAGCAAAGAAUAAUCGAAGGUUUCUUUUUUUUUUUUUUUCUUCUCCUUCUUUUUGUUUAAUAAAAGAAGACACCUUUGCUGGGCUUAAUGUUGUAGUUGGGUAGUUGUCGGUGAUAGAAGACAGUUACUAGUAGGUUUUUCUUUUUCUUUUUCUUUUUUUGUUGUCUUUCUAAUUAUUAAUAUCUAACUUCCCUCUGUAUAUAUGUCGUCAUCUAUAAUAAAUAAGAAAUGUUUUUAUAUAUGGUUUGUUUGUUUCCAAAGCACUGCACGCAAUACAUUGCUUGGGACAACUUCUUUAAAAAACACUUCUGCUCAUAUACAUUUUUAGUAAAAGCAUUUUUAUUUUAAAGAUGAUGAAAUUUUCAUAAG